AUGGACCCUCUUUUGUUUAGUGCUCCGGGACGCAUUCGAGUUCUUUUAGUACCAGUUCACCCAAUUAAAGCUUCAGUUUUUCAAAAGCAUGUUGAAUUGGUCAAAAAGUUUGGUGUGGUUAAAUUAGGGGAUGUAACUCCCGAUAUGCGAGGCGUUCAAAAAACAAUGUUUAGUGCACAGGCCUUUCAUGAAGGACAACUCCAUUUUAACUUUGUCACUCAUUACGAAUCUGAGCACGCAUAUCUGGAAGAGUUUCAAAUGCAUCGCAAAAUAUUAGGGGUAAUCGGUAUUAUGGAUUGCCAAGAAUGGUCAAAUCUACCGGACGGUCACCGUAAAUUUAGCGAAAUACUCAAAACUUAUCCAACCGUCAUAGCCCAUCGUUGUUUUGCAUUUAAUCCUGCGGAGACUCAACCAGACGAUACGAAAGGUCUGAUAAUGAUACCGAAUGUUGGAAACAUGGGAUUUUAUAUGAGUACAAUGAUUUGUGAUUUUGCUAGCGAUAUAUUAACAGAAUUUGGCAAUGUGGCAGCAGCAAUUGAGAAAAAAUCCAUAAUCGAUUCACCUAAAAUUUCAUCAACUUCAAUGUUAAGUCCACACAAUCUCCCUACACCACAAACUCGACAUACCUUACCCAUCAAUACAUCCUAUCCAGUCCCCGAACUUAAAGCACCGCCUCAAGUCCCAUUAACACCGCCAUCCACUGCCAUGACUACUGCGGCUAUGGGUGGCACAACGCCCGGGGUUAGCACAAAAGACAAUUUUUAUCAUUCACGUACUUUUUCAUCCGCCUCAUUAGCAAAUUUUGCUAGUCAGGCAGCGAUGGUACCAAUUGAUAUAAAGUUAAAAAAAAGAACACCCGGGCGAGUUCAAAAAUUGAUUGCCGAUUUAUAUUUGAUGUCUGGGAGGCUACCAGAUGCUGUAACAUUUUAUUAUAAUGCAAUUGACACCACAAGAAAUAAUUCCGAUUAUCUUUGGCAAGCAGCUGCUAUAGAAGGGUUAUGUGUAGCACUAAUCCUGCUAGCAUAUUUACAUGCGGAUAUUGGGCCACAAGUUCUUCAAGCACCCCCUUCACCAAACACGAAUCCACCUUCAAGUCCAUCAUCACCAGUUGCGCCAAAGCCACUUUGGGCUGACAUUACUGAAAAAUAUUUGAAUGUGAUCACUUUAUAUGCGAAAACGUCUAAUUCAGCUUACAAUCAAGUUCCACCUUUAGUAUAUACGGAAUCAUGUUUGAAGCUAGCGAAAAUGUUAUCCAGCAUCUGGGUAGUAGGACAAUGGGGAGAUGAUGCAUUAAAAUUAAUCGUACAUGGUGGUCCACUUCCGGAAAAAGGAUUAAGCGAAAAAUGGGGGCUCAGUCAAAUUAGUGGAGUAACCAGAGUAGAAAUUGCACAAUGGACAAUGAAGGGUUAUGGCGCAUUUGUCGAAGAAAUGAGCAUUACUGAACAGAUAUAUAUUACAACUACAAUGGCAUCUAUUUUUUCAGUAAUCAAUUUUCGUCGAAAGCAUGCAUUCUUCCUGCGUCAAACUGCUUUAUUGAUUUUGCCUCUUCUUGCCAAACCUCAAAAUUCGUCGUCUCAAACAAAUCUAUCGCUUGAAGGAGGAGAUGCUGGUAUAUUGGCUUGUAUCGCAAAAUUUACAGAGAUAUAUGGUGUCGGUGAUAAUGUCAAAGAAGAAAAAUCAGACGUAUCACAUGUACAUGAAGAUGAACCAUUACUAAAUUUUGGAUGGCCUGACAUACAAAUAGAUGUUCUAAAAGACGCGAUAUCAUUAUCUGAGGCAAUACCAGAUUUGCCUUCUUCUAUUAAAUAUACAACUAGGCUUUUGCGUAAACUAUUUUUACAUUUACCAAAAGAAGAGCAACAUCGUCUAACAAUUUCAUUGCCUCGAAUUAUCUCUUCAGCGAAAAAACAAGGAUUGGAAAUGGAUAUUAAGUAUUGGGGUAUGAAUGUUGUUCGAGGGAUAGAAGUAUGUCGACCAACCUCUCGCAAAAUUCCCUAUCCACAUUCUACGAAAAUAUUUUCCAUGGGCGAGGAACCAACAGAGGCGAGCGAUACAAUAUUUAUAUAUAAUCCGAGGGGAAAAAAAAUGCCUCAGACAGUCCAGACUCAUCUUGUUGCCAACGAAACUGCUUAUUUUAUGGUUACCCUUGCAAAUCCUUUCGCUGUUGAUUUAGAAAUACAAAGCAUUUCUAUAAGCACGAAUGGCAUAAAUUUUAAGCCCAAUGUCAUGUCCACUACUAUACCCGCGAAUACAUCCGUAACGCUUCGAUUAUCAGGAAUUCCGAAAGAAGCUGGAGAAUUGGUAAUUCGAGGAUUAGAUUCACAAGGUAGCACUGCCUCAACCACCACUACAACAUCCACGGCAUUAACAACACCCACACAGGAAGAGCACGAUUUGGAUUUCCUAAAAGUGGAAACAAUUCCAGAUCAGCCAUUAAUAAAAAUAAAGUCUACAUCAUUAAUGCAUAGUGCAAUAAUGCUUUUUGAAGGAGAAAAAACAGAAAUGACAAUUAAAUUGGAAAAUAUUGGCAAAACCCCAGUUAACUUUAUAAAUCUGUCAUUUCAUGAUUCUACCAUUGAAAAUGCGCAAAACAUUCUAAGUUCGACUGAUUUACCCGCAGAAGAGGCAUACGAAAUGGAGCUAUAUGCAUAUCAACAACCUGUAUUUUAUUGGGAACCGACGGAACGUAAAGUGAAUUUAUUGCCCAACAAUGAGCUGAUAUUAAAUAUAAGUGUCUUUGGUAAGCGUGGAUGCACAUAUGGUACCAUACAAAUCGAUUAUGGAUAUAUUGAUCGACCUGACUCUGUUUCUGAGGCUAUUUUCUUUACGCGGCAAGUAUUCUAUCCAGUUCUCCUUACAGUCCAUCAACAUCUUGAGCCCUUAACGAUGGAUAUCUUAAACUUCAAACCAAUCGCCGAUAAUGGAUCAUCAAUAAUAAACAAUCAUAACGGUCAUAUUGAUAAAUCAACUCGAAAACAAGUCGAGGAAUUAUUAAAAAUUACACGAUUUAAUGAAAAAUCCGAAUCAGAGCUCGAUAAUGAAUAUUGUUUACUUACCUUUGAUAUUCGAAAUGUUUGGCAUAUACCAUUUAAUGUUACCUUUUCUGUUGAAGAAGUUGACUCGCCAAAUCAAGUAAAUAUAUCAACAUGUAUACAACCUUCAGCGACAACGCGAAUUAUUUUGCCCAUCAAACGAAUUUCCUUGACUGAAAAUGAAAUCAUGAAGCCUAUUCCGUCAUUAUUUGACAAGCAAUUUGUGGUUUCAAAAGAGCCGAAAGGGACCAAAGAACAAGAAAGAUUAAUUUUAUCGCUAUUUUGGUAUCGCGAAUUUUUAUUGAAAAAACUCACUGCAACUUGGGAAUGUCCAACCGGUCAUCAAAAAGGAACGAUCGAUAUACGUUCACUCCGUCUCAAUAAGUCUAUGUUGAAUAUUUUACGAAUCAAUGACAUCUCCUUCUUUGUUGAAAUACAAGAAGCUCCUCAUAUAACAAAGCUAUCACUUAAUCGAUUCAGAUGUCCGGUCAAUGAGUUUGUUCAUAUUCGAUUUGUUGUGUUUAAUAGACAAGAAAAACCAGCAAAACUUUGUAUCAGAAUUCAACCAGUGCUGAGUUAUAGUGAUGGUUUAAUGGAAUACGAUUUGUCGGGACGCGUAGUGUGGAAUGGAUUACUACAAACUCCAUUGCCAAAUAUUGACGCGAAAUCCUCGACAACAUAUACACUUCCAGUGUGCUUCUUUUCACGUGGAGAUUUUCAAUUUCUAUAUCAUUGCGAGGAUAUCCUUACACGAACUAUGUAUUUCGAUUCUCAACCAUUAUUAGUGGAGGCGGUAGAUAAAAAUGAAUAA